AUGGUUGAUGAUCACCAUCAGAAAACUGCGCUCGGCGUGGUCAUUGCAUUCCCCGUUCUGGGUGGAAUCGCGAUCUUGCUCCGCCUUUGGGCUCGGUCGCUCUCGCGAUCUAGGCUGGCUAGUGACGACUAUCUAAUUAUUGCCGGUUAUAUUCUAGCAGUAUGCCAAUCCGUUACGUCCUGGUACUACAUCAAAACAAACUAUGUGGGAAUCCACAUCUGGGAUGUUCCCAAAGACCAUGAUGUGAAACGGGGCCUGAUCUGGAACUAUGCCAAUCAACUCAUCUACAAUCCAUGCUUGACUCUGAUCAAAGUCUCCAUCCUCAUGUUCCUACGGCGGCUCGACUCGCAUUCCCGAGUGGUCAAUGGCCUGAUCUGGACAUCAUUCGCCAUUGUCGUAGGCCUGUUCAUCGCCGUGCUGUUCGUCGAUAUCUUCCAAUGCCACCCCGUCGCAUACGUCUACGACUUGUCGAUCCCAGGCGGUACAUGCAUUGCCCAAGGUGCUUUCUACGUGUCGACCGCCGCGCUGAACCUGUUCACGGAUCUAAUGGUGCUCACGAUUCCUAUUAUCAUUACCUGGCGACUCCAAAUGCCGCUUCGACGAAAGAUCGCCGUCUGUGCCAUCCUGUGCAUGGGUGCCGUGGCUACCGGAAUCGGUGUGUGGCGCCUCGUAGUGCUCGCAGGCGUGUUUUUCCCCUCCAGCGUCAACCCCGACCCAACGUACGCCAUCAGUUUCUGCAGCUCGGCAAUCGAGGUGAACGUCGCGGUAAUCACGGCCUGCGGUCCAUCGUUCAGAGCGAUUGCCACAAAAUACUUGCCCCGUCUCAUUGGAUCAUCUGGGAAGCAUACGUCUCGGUACGGCAGUGCGGGCGGCUCGCGGAAAUUCCCCGUAUCGCGCAUUUUCUCCAACAAGGCUUCUCAGCUUCGCUCCAACGGGGAGGACGGGUAUGAGAUGACCGAUCGAAAUGGUAAACAUAGGGUCGACGUGACCUCCGGCGAUGCGUUUAAUAUGCGUAAGUAUCGGCGCGGGGGAGAUAGUCCGUCCAUCUCCAGUGGUAGCGAAGAGGCCGUCGAGGGUAUCGUGAAGACGACUGAUGUCUCGGUGCGAUAUACUGUCGAUGAUGUUCAUACGUCAGAGGCUCGCUCGCACGAAGGGCGACAUGUUAGUGUUGAUAGCUUGGUUUAA